AUGAAUCUUCCGAUAGUAAUGGCAAUUGUGUUUUGUCUGUUGCUGAAGAGUACAUCCUCAACUGGCGACAAGGAACAGGAUAAGGCUAUCAGACAUGACGUGGAAGUAUACAGAAAACACAUCAGUAUGACAUUCGAACAGAACCCGGACACAGUGAUAGACGCACUCGUGGAACAAGAACAGCGCAGGAAGACGAACCAACAUCUCAAGCCCAUGAAAAGACCACAACCCUAUGUCAGGUCGCAGAGGGUUGCAGUGGAUCAACAUGGCCGCCAUUACAUCUGGGACCAUCGAUAUGGUUAUGUACCCGUUACACCCUUGCCAUGGGACUACCCUGUGAUGUGGGUCGACGGACCAGAUGGACCUAUCGCUGUACCCAUGGGGAUGGAACCUGUAUACCCGCAAAGAGAACCUGUAUUCUUGGUCAAUCCUACACCAGACAAAUGCGAUUCUAUGAGAAGGUCGUCUUCUUUCCAAGAACAAAACAAACCAAUGAUGUCUUUCUACGAACCAUCGUCAGAUCCAUGUACCGGGAAGCCUCAAUCUGAAUUCGCACUAACGGCAACAUCAGGAAUGGCGGAUGUCCUGUGUAUGCUUUGUCAGUAUUUCAAAAGUAAGCGUUGUGUUUGGCAAUUCUGUGUUCAUCCGGAGGGAGUGUAUAAGAUCAAAAUUAGCGAGCACCUCAAAAUGUGA